CAAUCGUUGAAGACGUCGGAGCCAAAAUGGCGACCGGGACAGGCAAGCACAAGCUGCUGAGUACUGGCCCGACAGAACCAUGGUCCAUCCGAGAGAAGUUGUGUUUAGCAUCUUCUGUUAUGAGGAGUGGGGAUCAGAACUGGGUAUCAGUUAGCAGAGCAAUCAAGCCCUUUGCUGAACCUGGCCGGCCUCCAGACUGGUUCUCUCAAAAACAUUGUGCUUCUCAGUAUUCUGAGCUCUUAGAGACUACUGAGACUCCAAAACGAAAACGGGGUGAAAAGGGAGAAGUGGUAGAAACUGUUGAAGAUGUUAUUGUUCGCAAACUGACUGCUGAGAGAGUUGAGGAACUGAAGAAAGUCAUAAAGGAGACACAGGAGAGAUACAGGCGUCUGAAAAGAGAUGCAGAACUAAUUCAAGCCGGGCACAUGGACAGCAGACUGGAUGAGCUCUGCAGUGACAUUGCAAUGAAAAAGAAAUUGGAGGAGGAAGAGGCUGAAGUAAAAAGGAAGGCCACAGAUGCUGCGUACCAGGCUCGGCAAGCAGUGAAAACACCUCCUCGAAGGUUGCCAACUGUGAUGGUCCGCUCCCCUAUAGACUCCGCCUCCCCAGGAGGUGAUUAUCCACUUGGAGACUUGACUCCAACCACUAUGGAAGAGGCUACCUCUGGAGUAACCCCUGGGACUUUGCCGAGUACCCCAGUCACCUCGUUUCCUGGGAUUCCUGACACCCUUCCUCCAGGCUCUGCACCCUUAGAAGCCCCCAUGACCCCAGUAACAGAUGAUUCACCCCAGAAAAAGAUGCUUGGACAGAAAGCAACUCCACCCCCCUCCCCUCUGCUGUCAGAGCUCUUGAAGAAGGGCAGCCUCCUGCCUACUAGCCCCAGACUGGUGAAUGAGAGUGAAAUGCCCGUGCCCUCUGGCCAUCUGAGCAGCACAGGGGUUCUCCUGGAGGUAGGCGGGGUUCUUCCCAUGAUCCAUGGUGGGGACAUACAGCCAGCAACCAGUGCAGUGGCAGCCUCCCCCGCUGCCUCAGGUGCUCCCACUCUCUCUCGGCUUUUAGAAGCUGGUCCCACACAGUUCUCCACUCCUCUUCCUUCCUUCACUACUGUUGCCAGUGAGCCUCCAGUUAAGCUUGUGCCACCCCCUGUAGAGUCUGUGUCCCAGGCUACCAUUGUCAUGAUGCCUGCGCUGCCAGCACCGUCCUCUGCUCCGGCUGUCUCCACUCCUGAAAGUGUAGCUCCAGUGAGCCAGCCUGAGCCCUGUGUUCCCCUGGAAGCCGUGGGGGAUCCACAGACUGUGACUGUUUCCAUGGAUAGCAGUGAAAUCUCCAUGAUCAUUAAUUCCAUCAAAGAAGAGUGUUUCCGCUCAGGAGUAGCAGAGGCUCCUGGUGGAUCAAAGGCUCCAAGCAUAGAUGGGAAGGAAGAUUUAGAUCUGGCUGAAAAGAUGGAUAUUGCUGUGUCUUACACAGGUGAAGAGUUGGACUUUGAAACAGUUGGAGACAUCAUUGCCAUCAUUGAGGACAAGGUGGAUGACCACCCUGAAGUGCUGGAUGUGGCAGCUGUAGAAGCAGCAUUGUCGUUCUGUGAAGAAAAUGAUGAUCCUCAGUCCCUGCCUGGCCCUUGGGAGCACCCUAUCCAGCAGGAGCGGGACAAGCCAGUGCCUCUUCCAGCACCAGAGAUGACAGUCAAACAAGAGAGGCUAGACUUCGAGGAGUCAGAAACCAAAGGGAUCCAUGAACUGGUGGACAUCAGGGAUUCAGGUGUUGAGAUAAAGGUGGAACCUACAGAGCCAGAGCCAGGCAUGUCCGGGGCUGAGAUCGUAGCUGGAGUUGGUCCAGUCCCAAGUUUGGAGCCACCAGAACUCAGGAGUCAAGACUUAGAUGAGGAACCUAGAAGUUCUGCAGCUGGAGAGAUGGGUGAGGCAGACGGUUCCAGUGGGAAAGGCGAGGAAAGGCCACUUCCGGCUGUGAAGACAGAGGCGUCCCCUGAAAGCAUGUUGUCUCCAUCACAUGGCUCAAAUCCUAUUGAAGAUCCUUUAGAGGCAGAGACUCAACACAAGUUUGAAAUGUCAGACUCAUUGAAAGAAGAAUCAGGGACUAUUUUUGGAAGCCAGAUAAAGGACGCUCCAGGUGAGGAGGAGGAGGAGGAUGGAGUCAGUGAAGCAGCUAGCCUGGAGGAGCCUAAGGAGGAGGAUCAAGGCGAAGGCUAUUUGUCUGAGAUGGACAACGAGCCCCCUGUGAGCGAAAGCGAUGAUGGCUUUAGUAUACAUAAUGCCACACUGCAGUCACACACUCUGGGCGACUCCAUCCCGAGCAGCCCCGCCUCCUCGCAGUUUUCCGUGUGCAGUGAAGAUCAAGAAGCAAUUCAGGCUCAGAAAAUAUGGAAGAAAGCCAUCAUGCUUGUAUGGAGAGCUGCAGCCAACCAUCGGUAUGCCAAUGUGUUCCUGCAGCCUGUCACAGACGACAUAGCUCCUGGCUACCACAGCAUUGUGCAGAGGCCUAUGGAUUUGUCAACUAUAAAGAAAAACAUUGAAAACGGACUGAUCCGCAGCACAGCCGAGUUUCAGCGUGAUAUCAUGCUGAUGUUCCAGAACGCUGUUAUGUACAAUAGCUCAGACCAUGAUGUCUACCACAUGGCAGUGGAGAUGCAGAGAGACGUCUUGGAACAGAUCCAGCAAUUCUUGGCCACACAGUUGAUUAUGCAAACAUCUGAGUCUGGAAUCAGUGCUAAAAGUCUCCGGGGGAGAGACUCUACCCGAAAACAAGAUGCUUCAGAGAAGGACAGUGUCCCCAUGGGCUCUCCUGCCUUCCUUCUCUCUCUGUUUGUGGGGUGUGAGUGGGUUUGGUUGGAUUCUGGACAAGACUAUCCUGAUGACUCUGAGUUGAGCAAUGACUGCAGGUCCCUCUUCAGCUCUUGGGACUCCAGUCUGGAUCUUGAUGUGGGCAGUUGGAAGGACAGUGAGGAUGCAGAUGUAGAGGCUGAUGAACUAGAGGAAAGCAGUCCUGAGAGAGAAUCUAGCGAGCUUCUUGUGGACGAUAUGGAGAGUGGAGAACCUCAGGAAGAACAAGACACACAGCAGAACCUCCUGCACCUCCUCUCUGAGGAGGAGGCUCUGCAAGACUCCAAAGAGACCGGCCAGGGUGAAGGGGACGCUUCAGACGGAGAAGACACGCCCCCUUUAGGUGAGGGUCGCGAUGGCGUCCGAGUUCAGGAAGCUCCCCUUGUGAAUAUCCUUUACAACUGUAGUAACUCCUCACAACUGAGUGACCUAAGCCAAGGUGAUCCUACUCAGGAUCAUUUCUUAUUUAAGAAGACUCUUCUGCAAGUCUGGAAGAUGAUUGCCAGUCACAGGUUUAGCAGCCCAUUUCUGAAACCUGUAUCAGAAAAGCAGGCCCCAGGAUACAAGGAUGUGGUGAAAAGACCCAUGGACUUAACAACGCUGAAGAGGAAUCUGUCUAAGGGACGAAUUCACACUAUGGCUGAGUUCCAGAGGGAUCUGAUGCUAAUGUUCCAAAAUGCCGUGAUGUACAAUGACUCUGAUCAUCACAUAUACCACAUGGCGGUGGAGAUGCAGCGGGAAGUCUUGGAGCAGAUCCAGGUUCUGAGUACUUGGCUGGAUAAAAGGAAGGACCUGAGUAGCCUGGAAUGAGUGCAGCUAAUCCAGUGGACCAAGGAAGCCUGUUUUGUUAGCUUCGAACUACAAGUCUGAUUCUUUCUCAAGUUACAGCUCUCCUUAGGACUGGCCAGAGAAGAAGUGGAAACUUCUCUUCUCCACUACUUUUCAAAUAAGGAUAGUAAUGCCUCACCUCCUACCUCAAAAGUCAACGGUGCUUGCAAUGUAGUAUUUUUUAAAGGGGUGGGGUAGGGUACCGAGAUCUGGAUUUAUGAUGUAAAUAUUGCCCACAUUUUUGUUGCAUAGACUUAAAAGUAAUUUGAUUGAACCUUUUGUUUCUCUAUAAAUAAAUAGUUUGCAAACUAAA